GCGGACGUAACCUCCACCUCAUUCGCAUCAUAGGACUAGAGACGGUCGCCAUUUUGGUACACCCUCUCCCUUUUAGAGGGAUCCCCCCAAUAUUUUCGGUUUCUAACCACCUGUAAUACCUUCAGGGGAGAGAGACAAAAGAAGGCCUGUGGACGUGACAGGAUCAGUACUUUUUGCGGGUCUGUGUUUCGGAUCUGGAAGAAGGUGAAGUUUAAGUGGCUCCUGACACUAUUGCCCAAAAUGUAUGUAUCCGAGUGAUAGGCUGUUGGGAUACUCCUUCCACUUCCUGGAUCAGAUGAGUGGACAGUAUGGAGCACCAAAAUUCUGACCUUUCUUGGAAUAAACCACUGUAACAUAAUCUGAAAGGAGAAAGGGAUGUACAGAACAGAACUCCAAGAACAGCUAUAGGUACAUUUUUCUUGUAUGGCAUUUUACAAUGCCCGCAUGUGCUGCAAUCAACUGCACGAGCCGGCAAACCCGAGGAUGUGGAAAAUCAUUCCAUAGAUUUCCUCAUGGCCGGCCAGAGGUUUUGAAGAAAUGGGUGAUGAACAUGCGACGAGACAAAUUUAAGCCAUCCUCUAAGGCAGUGCUGUGCUCAGACCACUUUGAAGAGUUCUGCUUUGACAGGACCGGCCAAACCAUUCGCCUCAGGACUGAUGCUGUACCAACAGUAUUUACUUUCCCUGGAAAGAUGAAAAAGGACAGGAAGUCACGCAAUUCUGCUAUUGUGUUUGAAUAUCCAGAGGAACAGCCUCCAUUUUCACUCCCAUUUCAAGAGCCAUCCAUGCAACAACCCAAUAAGAAAUGUGUAACUGCAGAUCAUGAUUAUUGUAUCACAGACAGUCCGAGAACUUUAAAGAAAAGGCUUGAUGAAGCACUCGGCAGUCUACAAAGCAUGAAAAGAAGGCUGAAGAUUACACAGCAAAAGUUCAGAAGGCUAAAAUUCAAGGUCCAAGCUCUAGAACUGGCUGAGGAUCCAGUGUAGGAAACGCCUAAUUUCCUUUUUUUAUCAUUAAAACAUUUAUGGGAAAAAUGUAUUCAGGACUUGGUUGAUACUGCUCCACAAAAGUAUUGUCUGAGAUAUACAAAUUAUUCUUUCCUUUACAACCACAGUAUUGUGGAACAUGGUUUGUAUCAAUUUAAGUUGCCUAUAGAAUUAUGGUGCAUUACAAUUAACACAAAACUUCUCUUUUCUCAGGCAGCCUAUAGAGAAGAACUAAUUUGACUGCACAAAGCAAUUCAAUCAGUUCUGACGAAUUGCUACAGAUUAAAAAGGCUGUCGGGAAAGUGUUGACACUUCAAGAUUUCUCAGUUCAAAUUUUAAUAAAGAUGCCGCAUAUCUG